ACAUACUAUAAAUAUAUAUAUGUAAUUAUAAUUUAUGCAAGAUAAGAUGGCAAAAUCAAUCCGAAGUAAAUGGAAGAGAAAAUGUAGAGCAAUUAAAAGGGAACGUUAUGGAGCAAAAGAAUUAGAAAGAUUAAAAAAAACAUUGGGUAUUAAUGAAAAUGGAACACAAGAUGUUGAAAUGUCAGAUAUAUCAAAUAUUGCUACAAUUGUUGAUGCUAAAACAAUAAAGGAAAAUACAAAAGCAAAUGACAAUGUAACAAAUGUUGAAGAAAUGGAUACCGACAAUGGUGGUAGAGUAUAUAAUAAAAAAACAAUGCUAGAUCAGUAUGGAAAUUAUCCAAUAUGGAUGAGUAAACGAAAAAUUGCAAAACACAAAAAAGGUAGAGCAAAAUCACAGAAAGCAAACUCAAGGUCACAUAAAAGAUUAACUAGGAAACAAAAAAAAGCAGCAAAACAAAAAUCUUCCAUGUGAAAUUAAUAGCAUCAAUCAAUAUAAUUUUUUUAUAUUAAUUUUUAUAUAUAUUGGGUUUGUUUUUCAUUUUAUUAUAAAGCUGAAUACAAGUGAUCACAAAACUUGUUUAAAUUACACUUCAAAUGUAAAGUCUACAUUCUAAAAUAUUAUAUAAGCUAAAGAAAUGGCAGUGAUAGUACAAUUCUAUUUUCUUACAUAAAUAUUACAUCUAUGGGCAAUGCCCAAUAUUUUUAACAUUCUUCUGUUUCAUUAUAGCAAUGUUAAAAAUUCAAUAAACCAUUAUUCAUUGCUGAUUUGCAAUGUAAUCUUAAA